CUGAAGCUUCAAUCCCGAGAAAAGUUCUUACUACCGUGGAGAUUCUUCCUGGUAAACCAUUUCACGUGACUCGCAGACGAGGCAGAGAAAUACAAAAGGUAAACAAAUACUUUGUGGAGUUGAGACGGGAUGUUCCAACCUCCACAGUCAUUGGCUUAUACAUUAAAGGUCCCCCCGGUUGUGGCAAAACCCAACUAGCAAGGCAGGUUGGAGAAGAGUUUGAACAGAACACUGCACCGCGGGGUCAUUUCCAAAAUGUGCCGUGUGUUGUCGCUACGUUGCAAGCACAAUCUCCUGAGGCAAUGUUAGAAUCCUAUAAAAAACUACACGAGAAGUUAGAAAUCCCUAACGCACACGAAUGUCAGGGAAGUGUCCGCGAGCGGAUCAAGAGUUACAUGGAGGAUGUUAAGAAUUACCUUCGAAGGACAUCAUCAGUUUGGCUUUUGAUCGUCGAUAAUCUAACAAUCAAUGAUCCAAUGAGAGAAUUCUGGCCUUCUCCGGGACAGGAAAGCCCAUGGGGGGAGGGAACAGUCUUGGUCACGACUCAGGAUAGUGAACUCGUCCCCAGAUCCCACGUGCAUGCCAAGAGUAUGCCGCUUGAUUCAGGAAUGGAAGAGGAAGACGCUAUGGAAUUGUUAAGAGUCAUAUCAGGAAUGGAUGUGGAUGAAGAUGCUAAAAAAAUCGCCCGUUAUCAAAGUUUUCUUGGAUAUUUCCCACUGUCUCUAGCUUGCGCAGCAGUUUAUGUUGGGCAAAUGAGAGAAGAUCGCCCGUUAUCAAAGUUUUCUUGGAAAAAUUAUCUGUCGAACCUCCAAAAGUACUACGCGUAUCUUGAUCAUUCUGACUUCACACAUCACAAUCCAUGUUAUCCCAAAACAAUGCUAGCAGCAGCAGAGUUCGCAGCCAGACGGAUGGCCGAAAACAACAAAGUUCUCCGAGCUGCCUUCGUGUUCCUUUCGUACUGCUCCCUACAACCUGUUCCGUUGGAUACUGUCGCUGAUUAUGUCUUACGCGAAGCUAAAGCCAGGGUGCCAGAUGACGUCAAGCUGAAAGUAGCAAGGUGUUCGUUGCUAGUAUAUCCGCAAACAGGAGAAAGGGGAAUAGAAGUGGUCACACUUCAUCAAGUGAUGCGGAUGGCGUUCUCUCAAAUCAGGCGAAACCCAGACGAAUCGGAAGGAAACGUUGAUAAAUGUGAAGCUUCUAGUGAGUCUCUGAAGAAAAAGGAAUUGAAUGGGGUACUUCAAGCCUUAAACGAAGCCUACAAACAAAAGAGGGGUCAGUUAAAAAAGGAAGAUCUCGCUAUAAGGAUUCUGUUGUGUCCACACUUGAAAGAGUUUGUUGAAGGAGUGGAGGUGGUCCAGUGGCUUGAAGAAACUUUACUUGUUCAGGCGUUGGUUCACUUCGCAGAUGGUCUCGUGCAC